AUGACAGUGGAAACCAAAUCCAGUAUUGUCGAUGACUCAAAUCAGGAAGCAGAACCUACCCAGCUUUUGGAUGAUGAAACAAACAAAAAUCUAUCAGCUGAAGAGAAGACGUCCUGUUGCAAUGGCUUGAAGGCAUUUCUCGUUGCUUUAUCAUUCAGCUACUUGAGUAAAAUAUUGUCCGGUACAAUUAUGAAAAGUUCCAUCACUCAGAUUGAACGAAGGUUUGACCUACCAUCAUCUACUGUUGGUUUCGUCGAUAGUAGCUUUGAAAUGGGUAACUUGCUUGUGCUUGCAUUUGUAAGCUACUUUGGAGCUAAACUUCAUAGGCCCAGAGUCAUAGCUAUCGGAUGCUUUACUAUGGCUUUGGGAAGUUUUUUAACAGCAAUGCCUCACUUCUUCAUGGGAUAUUAUAAGUAUGAGACAACAUCACAUACAGCUUCUUCAGCCAACUUAACUUCAAGCAUAAAUCCCUGUUCCCUACAUCAAAAUGUGAACAAAAGCUUGUUAGACGUCUCCCAAUCAGGCUGUGAGAAGGAACCAUCAUCAUACAUGUGGAUAUAUAUCUUACUGGGAAACUUGUUACGUGGAAUUGGUGAGACACCAAUAACACCAUUGGGCAUUGCUUAUCUAGACGAUUUUGCUAAAGAAGAGGAUGUUCCUGUGUACGUAGGAAUUCUGCACACGAUAGCCAUGUUGGGCCCAAUGUUUGGAUUCUUGUUGGGAUCUUUAUGUGCAAAACUAUAUGUGGAUAUUGGAUUUGUGGAUUUAGGAAGCAUCACCAUCACCCCACAAGAUUCACGCUGGGUGGGGGCGUGGUGGCUUGGUUUUUUAGUAGGUGGAGUAACCAGUUUCCUAGCUGGUAUUCCAUUUUGCUUCUUGCCAAAGAGUUUGAAAAAGCCGAGGGAAACCAAUAAUGGAAAAACUUCACAUGGUCUCUUGGAAAACACUGGCACCGCAAGGAAGACACUUCCUCCUGCAAAAUCUAAGCCAAGGAAAUGGUCAGCAGUACUGAAAGAUUUCUAUGCCUCCCUGAAAAAAGUAUUGUGUAAUCGGAUGUACUUUACGUUUUUGUGUUGUGCACUGUUACAGUCCAGUGGCUUUAUUGGUUUCUUGACUUACAAAGCAAAGUACAUGGAACAGCAGUAUGGACAAUCUACGUCUAAAAGUAACUUGCUAAUAGGAUUGACAUCCUUACCUCCUGUAUGUAUUGGGAUUUUCCUAGGAGGUCUUAUAAUGAAAAAGUACAAAAUGGACAUCCUUGUAGCAACCAAGUUUGCAUUUACCUUGUCAUUUUUUGCCUAUGCCAUCAGUCUCUUGCACUUUUUCGUUGGUUGUGAGAAUUAUAUGGUAGCAGGAAAGACAGUAUCCUAUGAAGGCAAACCCAUACUGAACCCUGAAAAUGCUGUAUUUUCUGAGUGCAAUUCUGACUGCAAAUGUGCCUCGGAUGUGUGGGAUCCUGUGUGUGGAGACAACGGAAUCACGUACGCUUCAGCAUGCCUAGCUGGGUGCACAGCUUCGGUGGGACGUGGAAAGAGUGUGGUCUUCCAUAACUGCAGUUGUCUUGAAGUAAGCAGUUCAUGGACAGGAAAUAACUCUGCCACCUUGGGGCAAUGUCCAAAAAGUGAUGAUUGUUCAACAAAGUUUAUUUAUUAUACAGUAAUACAAGUCAUAAGUGGCUUUCUUUUUGCAUUGGGAGGCACCCCAGCAUAUAUGGUUAUGUUUAGAUGUGUUCAACCAGAGUUGAAGUCUCUUGCAGUGGGUCUAUACACACUCAUUAUAAGAAUGCUAGCUGGGAUUCCAGCCCCAGUUUAUUUUGGUGCACUGAUCGACAGGACAUGCUUGCAAUGGGGAAGCACAAGCUGUGGGCAACGAGGAGCUUGCAGGUUAUACGACUCCAAUGCAUACAGGUAUGUAUACCUUGGUGUAUCAGCGGUGUUAAGAGGUCCUUCCUACUUGAUUGCAAUUAUUUUUUAUAUGUUGAUGAAGAAACACUUUCAGAAAAACAACUCUAAGCCCAUAGAGAAUGGAGAAAAAGAAGAUGCUUCUGAAGAUAAUUGCAAGAUCAAAGAACAUUUGCCAGGUUCUUCUGAUGCAGAGAAUGAAUCGUGUAUUUAG